AUGUUCCGCAAGCCUGAACGCAAGGUUACUGUGAACAUGCACGGCCCGUUCAUCUUCGUGAAUCCGGGUGAUCUCCAGCAAUUCUACGCCCAAAUGGGUCGGAUGGUGGAUGACGAGAAAGACUCUGAUGAUGAGGAGGCUGGCGUUCAGAACGUGAAGAACGAAGCCCGCCUUCCACAGCAGAGCGACAAAAAGGACAAAGCCCCAGGCCCUUCUAGAAUACAGCAGGUAACGACAGACACUAACGGAAUAUGGCCUGCUAAGACUCUCCUGAAGCCCAAGUGCAUGAGUAUCGCCUCACAAGCUGCAAAGGCUGCCCCCCAGCGUGCUACUGCGCCGAAGGAGCCACAUACGUUCCCGAUGCCCCCUCAUGUACAGCAGGCCGCGCCCGUGCAGACCUCCUUCCACCCCAUUUGGAAGCCUCCUGUCAGCCCGCCACCUAAAGCAGACAGCGGGGUCAAGAGUAUGCACGGGGAUUUCCAAGGAUGGCAGUAUUGGCCACGACCGUUGCUGGCAGAUGGGAACUUCAAGGAGAUGAAGUACGAAGAGCGACACUACUGGGAUGGUGGCGAGAGGGUACAGUCGGCACGCCUGGAAGUCCGAAGACCAGCGACUAUGGCGGCAGGAACGGAGGACGGACGCCGUCCAGCUUGGCAGAAGCCAUCUGGUCCCCGCGCGGUCUUCAUUAUGUUGUUUCUGAAGAAACGCCUACAUUCUAGCGUAUGCGCUAUGCGCGGGACUCACGAUAUCUCUCGAUGUCGUACUUGGCACUUGAGGGCGCAGACGUUUAUGCGCGUAAUCCCGUCAUGUGCACAGCGACGAGGGUCGAAACCAGUAAAGAACAAGAACAACUUCCAUGUCCAUUGCAAAAAUAACAGCGAGCAGACUGAUCAAACAAAAACCAAAGUGGUCUUCCUCUUUGUUGAUACCAAGAAAUGGUACAACAUUGGGAUGACGAAGGUGCCUCCAGACGACCGCCUCUUUGAAGAAUUCCUGUUGUCAUCGGGUGAGUCAACUAGCACAAUCAAGUUGAACCAGACACAACCAUUUCAGCAGCACGCCGCACUUCUGCAGAAGCCGCUGAAUCAUAACGUGGGCACUUUAUGGCUACGACCUGGGCCCCGUAGAACUGGUAUUGAUACACAAUACCAUAACCUCCCCAAGUGUUUGGCCGUUUCCGCUGGCUCCGCAAAUUCGGGAUGGGCAAGACACAAGAUGGCGGCAAGAUCCCCUGGCAAAGAAGAGAUGAACUCUUCGAUCCUUGCUGCUGCAUCGUCAUCCGGUGCAGGCGAUUGGAGGAGCUUGUUGAUCGCAAUCCAUCACAACGGGCAUCUGCUAGUUAGAUAUUGGAUCGUAGACUUUCUCGCCGUCGGGUCAGACGUCUGGAUGAUGGAGAAUAUCUAG